CUCCGCGCAGGAGGCUCACCGCCGCCGGGCUGCGGUGCCGCUCCGUCCCGGUGUGACGCACCCGGAGAGGAGGCGCGGCGAAGCGUAUUAUCUCCCGCUGUUUGUUUCGCUGUGGAACAUACGCUAAACUGCUAGCAGGCUAGCUGACAACACGACAGCGCCGGGCCUGUUGACGGGCCGUCUCCCUGCGCACUCUCUGCGGGAUAACCCGCAGAGUCCGGCGGAGCUGGAGCUGUCAGCGCGGGGGAAGCGGAGCUCACUUCGGAGCGGGACCGCCAGCUGGUGGCCUCACGCAGACGCCUUUUAACGGUGUGAGGCCGCGGGCAGCCCGGGGGGCGGUGCUGGUUAACGGUGUCAGAGUCAGUCUGAUGUAGACCUGAAAACACAACAACCCGCAGAAACUGGAAUCCGGUCCGGAGAGGUCUGAUCCCGGCUCAGGCUGUCAUCAGCACCAGCGGAAAAUUAUUCAGCUGGUCUGACCAGAGCUGAAUCGCCUUCGUCGUGGUGAUGAGCAGUAAUGAGUGUUUCGGUUGCGGCCGCAGCGGCCAUUGGGUGAAGAACUGUCCGAGCGCCGGCCGAGGACGGGGGAAAGGCCGCGGCCGAGGCAAAGAUCUGUUCUGUUAUCGCUGCGGGGAGCUCGGACACGUCGCCAGAGACUGUGAGAGGACCGAGGAUGCCUGUUAUAACUGCGGCAGAGGAGGUCACAUCUCCAGAGACUGCAAGGAGCCGAAGAAGGAGCGAGAGCAGCUGUGCUACAACUGUGGGAAGGCGGGACACAUGGCCCGGGACUGCAACCACGCCCACGAGCAGAAGUGCUACUCCUGCGGCGGCUUUGGACACAUCCAGAAGUGCUGCGAGAAGGUGAAAUGCUACAGGUGUGGGGAGAUCGGCCAUGUUGCGGUGCAUUGCAGUAAGGCGUCGGAGUUGAACUGCUAUAACUGCGGCAAGUCGGGUCACCUGGCCAAGGAGUGCACCAUUGAAGCUACCGCCUAGCUGCCGCACCAAACCCCCCACCCCAACCUCUUUCAUCUCUUCUUUUUUUCUCUUUAUUCAUUCCCUCUGAUCAUCCUCUUCUCAUUGGUCCAGAGGCCUGUCAGUCAGCCUCACAGCAGCCAGUCAGAGCAGGCGGAGGGAGGAGGAGGGGCGGACACUAAAAAACAAAAGUUUCUUCUGCAUUUUUAAAACAGAAUCUGUGUGUUUAGUUUGGUAGCGGUGUCAUGACGUGCAAAGCUUUGUUUAAGAAUACUUUCUGCCCAGCCAAUUGGCUGAGAGAGUAGAGUGGUUAAAAAAAAGUUAAGCCCCUCCCCUCUGUCCUAAAGUGGGCGGGACUAUAACAGAGGGAAAAAUAAGUAACAGAAGUUUUUAUCUUCGAACGUCAACUUUGUUUUCUGUUUCUGGACAAAACUGAAUUUGUUUCAAGGAGCCGUGAUUGGUCUCGCCUCCAGCAAACAGCCAAUCACCUCAGAGGACGAACGAACCAAUCAGAGCAGGCCAGAGACGGCGACAAAAGGAACAUUAAUUAUUUGUGUUUUAAAGGUGCGUUUUGUUGCUGUUUGGACCAGAGGGGGCGCCACACUGACAGAGACUAAAACUAAACUAUAAUAAUGAGAACAAUGAGAAAACACAUUUAAAAAACUGCAGUUUUAAGUUUGGAAAGAGGAGAAUGUUUUCACAAAAAAACAAAUGUUAUUUUUGUACAAUAUAUCACUUAAAGCUACUGUAAACUGUGGUUGUACUGAGACUGUACGUUUAACCUGACAAUAAAAACAUGGAGGAGGAGGGAGAG